AUGGUUCUGCAAGUUCCUCUGUUCAAGCUCCAAUGCGGAGUCAACUCGUAUGAAUGGGGUAAGAAGGGCGAGGAAUCAGCAGCUGCGCGCUUUGCUGCUACGACGCCUUCGGACGGCUUCAGCAUCGAGGCCGAGAAGCCAUACGCAGAGCUGUGGAUGGGCACACAUCCCUCGAACCCAUCCAAAGACGUCCAGUCUGGUCGAACACUCCUUGACCUUGUGCAAGAGAACCAGCAACUGCUCUCCGCCCCCGUCGCAUCUAGAUAUGGCACCAAGCUCCCCUUCCUCUUCAAGGUCCUGUCCAUCAGCAAGGCCCUAUCCAUCCAGGCCCACCCCAACAAGAAGCUCGCCGAGCAGCUCCACGCCCGCGACCCCAAGAACUAUCCCGAUGACAACCAUAAGCCCGAGAUGGCCAUCGCCAUCACCCCUUUUGAGGGCCUCUGUGGCUUUCGCCCGCUCGCCGAGAUCUCCCAUUUCCUGUCGACCGUCCCGCCGCUGAAGAGCCUGGUUGUUGACGACAAGGCCGACGAGUUCAUCAGCACCAUCAAGGGGGAGGAGGAGAGCGAAGACCCCGCGACUAAGGACCGGAACAAGAAAGCACUCCAGCACGCCUUCGCCUCCCUCCUGUCCGCCACGCCCGAGGAGAUUGAGAAGCAGACAGAGAAGCUCGUCUCCCUCGCCAAGUCGGAAGGCGGCAACUUCGCCGGCGGCGGCAUCAGUACGACCGGCGGCGACACCCUGUCGGAGCUCAUCAUCCGCCUCCACGGCUCUUUCGGGGCCGACAUCGGCCUGUUCGUCCUCUUCUUCCUCAACUUUGUCAAGAUGGAGCCCGGCGAAGCCAUGUUCCUCCGCGCCGACGACAUCCACGCCUACCUCUCGGGCGACAUCAUCGAGUGCAUGGCUGCCUCGGACAACGUCGUACGCGCCGGCUUCACCCCAAAGUUCAAGGAUGUGCCCACGCUUGUCGACAUGCUGACCUAUAACUACGCCCCCAUUGACGAGCAGAAAAUGUCUCCCUCCGAGUACCCCUACGUCACCCUCAACCGCGCCGCCUACAGCUCUGGCUCCGCCGUCAUCCUCUACGACCCGCCCAUCGAGGAGUUCAGCGUCAUCCGGUCGCUCUUGAAGGGAAGUGGCUCCAAGGCCACAUUCGAGCCGCUCGAGGGCCCCAGCAUCGUCAUCUGCACGUCUGGCCGGGGCACCAUUGCCGUCGGCCCGACGGUGCACAAGAUCAGCGAGGGGAACGUCUUCUUCGUGGGCUCGACUGCAGAACUGGUACUGCAGUCCGACGGCGACGAGGAUGACGAGUUCGUUACUUUCAAGGCGUUUUGCGAGGUUGACGAAAAGGCGGAAGGCAAGUUGUAA